UUUUUCCGACCGUCUUCUCAUUCCCUGCCCUCCUCCGGUAGUUUUGUGGAAUCUCACAGGGAGCAAAACCCAGCAAAGCAAUACUCUAAAAGCCCCAAAUUUCCUUCUUUUGAGCCUUUUUAAGGCUUCCCUUCUGCCCACUUGAAUCAGUUUGUGAGCUUUGUUGUUAAACUUGGGUUAAAAAAAAAUUGCAAACUUUGACCUUUUCUAAAGUUGCACUCCACUGUAUUGUAAAUUCAUAUAAACAGCCCACAUGUUUACCAACGAUCAAAGGCAGGGAGACAGAACUGGAAAGUAUGGAACUCCAAGGCUGCAAUAUCUGCAGGAACUGGUGAGUCAGUUUCAGAACACAACUGAUGAAGAAACAAAAGAGAAGAUUGCCGCCAAUUUGGCAAACUUUGCUUAUGAUCCAUAUAACUAUUCAUUCUUGCGCCAGCUCAAUGUUUUGGAACUCUUCCUAGACUGCAUAACAGAACCAAAUGAGAAGCUUGCGGAAUUUGGAAUUGGAGGUAUCUGCAAUUCUUGUGUAGAUCCAGCAAAUGCUGCUAUUAUCACUCAGUGUGAUGGAAUCCCUCUUGUCAUUCAGUGUUUAUCAAGCCCAGUCAGAAAUACAGUGAAUUACGCUCUGGGGGCCCUUUAUUAUCUUUGUAACAAGUCUAACAGGGAGGAGAUUCUAAAGCCUGAAGUGGUUGAUGUCAUUGAGAGGUAUGCUGCAGCUCAGACUGUAACUGUAAGCUUCAGUAAUCUGGCCAAGGCAUUUCUGGACAAGCAUGUCUCUAAGGACAAGUAAGGUCACAGCUGCAGAACUUACAGAAGACGUAUACUGGUGCUCUUAUUCAUCAGGAAAGAGGCAUACAGCAUUCAGUUUACCCAGAAUGUAUGCUAGUAUCUGCAAGACCAGGCAAAGUUGGUAUACCACUAUUCCGUGUAUCAAUGGUGGGUAGCUGUUUAACAAUGUAACUAUUUAGGUGGAAUUACUGGGAUCUUUAUCUGCCUGUCAUCAGGACAUCAGAAGAGUUUGAAGUUUAUGAUUAUUGCAGCUUCUUCCUAAGUGGCAACCAUAAAACUAAACAUCAGACCACAAAAAGCUUUGCUCAAAGGCCAGAACCAACCAAAUAUUCAUUCGAGUUUUAGGAAAGGAAACCCGAUUGACCCUGUAUGCAUCUGACAAACAAGGUGCCAUUAUUACAAGAUUUUGUGAAAUUUGAUCUGAGGUGCAUGUAUCCUUACAUUUGAUAUGUUAAA